CUAUUUGAUAUAAUCAGUAUGUUGUUAUGUUUAUUUAUUUGAACAAAACCACAUUUCUUCCUCUUCUUCCCUCCCAGAGUGACCGACUACUCAUUAAAGGUGGAAGAAUUAUCAAUGAUGACCACUCCUUCUAUGCGGACCUAUACCUGGAAGAUGGAAUUAUAAAGCAAAUAGGAGAGAAUCUAAUUGUUCCUGGAGGAGUCAAGACCAUAGAGGCUAAUGGGCGCAUGGUUAUCCCUGGGGGAAUAGAUGUCAACACUUACCUACAAAAGCCCUACCAAGGAAUGACUACUGUUGAUGACUUCUAUCAAGGCACAAAAGCAGCUGUAGCAGGGGGCACAACCAUGAUCAUUGACCACGUGCUUCCAGAGCCUGGAUCAAGUUUACUGACAUCCUUUGAGAAGUGGCACGAGGCAGCUGACACCAAAUCUUGUUGUGAUUACUCUCUCCACGUGGACAUCACUAGUUGGUAUGAUGGGAUUCGAGAAGAGCUGGAAGUACUGGUGCAAGAUAAAGGUGUUAACUCUUUUCAAGUCUACAUGGCAUACAAGGAUCUCUACCAAAUGUCUGACAGCCAGCUUUAUGAAGCCUUUACCUUUCUAAAAAGCCUUGGGGCUGUCAUCCUGGUGCAUGCUGAAAAUGGAGACUUGAUAGCUCAGGAACAAAAGCGCAUCCUGGAGAUGGGAAUCACGGGACCAGAGGGACAUGCCCUGAGCAGGCCUGAGGAGCUUGAAGCAGAAGCAGUUUUCCGUGCCAUCACCAUUGCCAGUAGAAUAAACUGCCCAGUGUACAUCACCAAGGUGAUGAGUAAGAGUGCAGCUGAUAUCAUUGCCCUGGCCAGAAAGAGAGGUCCCCUUGUUUUUGGAGAGCCGAUCACUGCCAGCUUGGGGACAGAUGGGACACAUUACUGGAGCAAAAACUGGGCCAAGGCUGCAGCUUUUGUGACCUCACCACCUCUGAGCCCUGAUCCUACCACUCCAGAUUACUUAAAUUCGCUUUUAGCAUGUGGGGACCUGCAGGUGACGGGAAGUGGACAUUGCCCUUACAGCACUGCCCAGAAAGCCAUUGGAAAGGACAACUUCACUAUGAUUCCUGAAGGGGUCAAUGGGAUUGAGGAGAGAAUGACUGUUGUCUGGGACAAGGCUGUAGCCACAGGUAAGAUGGAUGAAAGCCAAUUUGUAGCUGUCACCAGCACCAAUGCUGCCAAAAUCUUCAACCUGUAUCCAAGAAAAGGCCGGAUUGCUGUUGGAUCAGAUGCUGAUGUUGUUAUUUGGGACCCUGAUAAGGUGAAGACUAUAACAGCUAAAAGCCAUAAAUCGGCUGUUGAGUACAACAUCUUUGAAGGAAUGGAGUGCCACGGUGCCCCGCUAGUGGUCAUAAGCCAAGGGAAGAUUGUGUAUGAAGAUGGGAACCUGCACGUAAAUAAAGGAAUGGGCCGUUUCAUCCCUCGCAAACCCUUCCCUGAAUAUCUUUACCAGCGGAUCAAAAUCAGGAAUAAGGUGGGAGGACUGCAAGGAGUCUCCAGAGGAAUGUAUGAUGGGCCUGUGUAUGAAAUCCCUGCUACGCCAAAAUAUGCAACUCCUGCACCCUCAACUAAAUCCUCCCCUGCCAAAAACCAGCCCCCACCAAUCAGAAACCUCCAUCAGUCUAAUUUUAGCUUAUCAGGAGCUCAGAUAGAUGACAACAAUCCCCGCCGCACUGGACAUCGCAUCGUGGCACCUCCUGGUGGUCGUUCUAAUAUUACCAGUCUUGGCUGAAAAAUGGUGAUGGACAGAAACACGAGGAGGAAGGAUCAUGGGAAUAAUGUACAUUCCCUUCAAUAUCUGUGUUACUGAACCCACAGUUUUACUUGGUACUAAUGGAAAUAAAAACGAAAUG